GAAGACGUGUUCGAAAAAAACUCAUGUUGAUAAAGACGUUCCACGCCCUAACCCCUUGAUCAUAUCCGUCCAGUGUUGCUUCUAUCGGGGUGAGCCAUCAGAAUUUGGACGAUCAGCAGAUUGUCUGAUCGUAGGGCGUUGCUCGUGACCUCUUUAACGGUGGAUCGCCGCACACCACCGUGAGCAUGCGUCCCUCGCGGCCCUGCGGCCACGUGCCGACCCUCAUGCGUGCGUUGGCCAGGGCGUACCAGAGCCACUCGCCGCUUCCCGCGUCGGCGUCCGCGUUCGAACGCCUCGUGCCAGCCCUCUCCGGUUCCGCUCCUUGCCAUCCACCCUCUCACCCGCUCGCUUUCCCAUUCGCUCGCCCCGCUCGCCUCUCGCCCGCUCGGCCCGCUCGGCCCGCUCGUCCCCCUUUCUUUCGCUUCUACUCGCCUGCCCCCACUCCUCUCCCGCUGCCCGCCGUUAUCCGCCACCCCCCUGCCCGCCACCUCUCCACCGAGGGGCUUGCGGGCGGCAGCACGCCCAGCGAGCAGACAGGGGGUGCAGAGGAGCUGGGGCUGGGGAGAGGAGCGAGGGGCGCAGGGUGCGGGGCAGGAGGGGGAGGGCGGAGGUGGGGGCGAGGGAGUGCGGCGGAGGAGGAGUGGCGGCGUGCGGCGGAGGAGGCGCGGGAGCGGCUGCUGCUGGCGUACGCGGACAUGGAGAACCUCCGCCAGCGCGCCAAGCGGGACGUCGACGCAGCCAGGCUCUUCGCCGUGCAGGGGUUCGCCAAGGGUCUGGCGGACGUGGCGGACAAUCUCCCCGGGCGGCUGCUUCUGUGUGUUCCAGCAGCAUGGCAUGGAGCGCCACGACCCCCUGGGGCACGCAUUUGACCCAACCUCCACAACGCCGUCUUUGAACUCGACGACCCCUCCAAGGAACCCGGCACCAUUGCCCACGUGCU